AUGAAAGUCGGCCUGCACAUUCACCUUGCUCAUGAUGGCACUCCAUGUCCCAGCAGCACUGAAUACUCAUCAGACCUCUUUGAAUGGUCAGAUACCGAUGAACAUAUAGACCAUAAUGAUUAUCCGGAGGGAACUUCCAUUCCACUUGUCGCAGACUCAGAUCAUCCGGCUACAACCAUAGUCAACAAAUCCGGUGUUCACUCUGUAUCCAUAUGGUAUUGCCACUGCCCCGGAGCUCUAAACCCGGAUAUGCAGCUCUUUCAAGCAGGCUUAUUUCCAGCAUCCUUCACCAGACCAAAAACUGCAUUCACAUUCUCCGUGUUGGACGACUUUCUGCUAGACAACCUGGAAUGUGGUACAUCAGCCAUGAAUUACUACAGUAAGAUCCGGAGGCUAACCUCCAGCAUCUUUCCAUUGAUGGUUCUGGAUCGCUACAGAGAGCUCAUGAGGACUGUCAGACAAUGGCGUCAAUGUAAGCUCUACAAGUGGCAUGGGUUUGCCCAUAAAAAUGAUGAGCCUAAGACCGGUGACCUCGCCCUAUUCUGUCCGGCAUGUCCUCAACCGGGGAUAAAUUUGGACCGGUCAACUGGUACGGCCACUCAGCCGGACGACACCCCUUCCUGGCUCUUCACCAGGACUUUGGUCAUGGAUGGUAAUUUUAAAGCCGAGCACCUCCAUCCGGUGAAUCCAUCCAAUGAAGUAUCAUUGAUUGAUGGUCUUGCAUUCAUGGUCGGAGAUGAAAGAUACAAGAGUCAUUUGGCUGUUGCCCAAGACCAUGUCCAAAAGUCAGAUUGUAACAAUCACCAUGCAGUCAAUCAAGCCAAUGCCUCCCGACAAAAGCUAGAGGCCACAGGUAUAGGAGGAUGUGCAUGUGCACGGCAUGGAUGUUUUGUCCCACAUUCCAUGGUGGAUUUUCAGAAGGGUGAAAGGCAGAUGAACAUGGACUAUGCCUUGAGUCAAGCACUCAACUACAAUACAGAUGGAAUCUCACAAGCAAUAAUGUUCUAUGAUAUAAAUUGUCAGUAUAAUAAGUUUCUCAAGGACCGGAUCGCAUCAAGCAUGUAUCUGUCCAUCCCCAUUGGCAUGGAUAUCAUUCCUGGAAUAGGUUUGUGGCAUGUGCAUGGCCAUCAGGACAGCUGCUAUGUCCGGAUAGACGGAGAGAUCAUGGAAACACUCUGGGCAUCUUUAAACAUAAUCUCCCCGUCAGCCAGGGGCAUGGGAACUCCUCAUCGCAAGGAGGUAUUGGAUUAUCAGAUGAAUGAUUCAAACUUCAUGAAAAUGAUUCGCAUAACCAAGUUUCUUUGCAGAAAGUUUAAAGAGGCUGUUCAGGGUGCUGCAGAGAGCACACUCUCAUUCCAAAAUCUUAACGAGACAGUUCAGCCUGCCAUGGUCAUUCUUUGGGAAGCAGAGGAGGCUGUUGCUCAGGCAAACAGACUGGAGGAUCCAACAGCCAUGGACAUUUAUGAGGUCUGGUUGGAAAAAGGCAAGUCUCCAACUAGAAAGCAGCAGGAGUUGCGCCUGCUGGAGGCUCAAAAUCGCCCGGAUCAUCCAGCUACCAAUUCCCCUAGUUGGCGAGGAGCAGCCACUUGGCUCGCAACUGUUGAUGGCAAUGAACAGGAUUCUCUGGUAGACACGGUUCAUAAUUCACCGGAUGAAGAUUAUUCCGAUCUCGAUGACGAUCACAAUCCGGAUCCGGAUCCGGAAACACAUCAUGCCUCCAUCUUUCAACCUGAGCUCACUAUCUUACCUUUGCCUUCCAACCUCGGUAUAGUGAGAUGCAAUGAAUUGGGUCUCACCGAUCUCAUGAAAGAAGAAACUGCCUUUCGUGAAGGUCAGGCCAAUGAUGCCCUUCAUGCAAUUAGAGUUCAUUUGGGAGAUAAAGCUGUUAUAUUCUGGAAUACUAUCCGGUCAGCCAAGUCACAAGCCUCCUCCACCAGGGCAUGGACUCAGCUAGCCAAACUCCCUGAUCACGACCUCCUGAAGAAAUAUCUUCCGCUAAAGAAAGAACACCUGAAGGCAAACGCUGCAGUUGCAGAUCCAAAUGCACGUGGUCAGAGGGACGCUACUCUCGCAUGGUUCUGGUCAAUCAAUGUUCAGGGUGAUACAUCCGGAAAUGACUGGAUGACAGAAUUCUAUCAAGUCAAUUGGCUCCGGACAAAGGCCCUGUGCGAUCGUUGGAAUGAAGAGGUCAUUCUUGUCAAACAUGAAAUGCAGUGGUCUGUCAAUUUCUUUACCUACAAGGCCAAGCAAUGGCUAAGUCUCAUGGACAACGCCACUUACACUGGGCUAACCGGACAUGCGUGUUAUGCUGCCCGACAAUGUCACAUAUAUCGACAACUAGCUGCACAUGCAGUGGAGUCUUUUCAGAAAGUGAUUCCGGUCAUUCAGCCGGAAGUACCGGUUGUUAGUUCAUAG